AUGGAGUCUGGCGGCAAGCCCGGAGUGGACAAGAUGGCAGGUCUAGCUGAGGAGGUUUUGAUGAAGCACAACAAAGCGAUGUUUGAACGCUUGGACCAAUGGCUUGAUCAGCUCAAUGAGUCUUUGAAGGUACCUCUGACAGCCAGCUCGGGGAGAGCAGGGCUGGAGCCUUCAGCUGCGUUGCCUGGCAUUGUCGCUUCGCUGAGUUUGCCAGUAGCAUCACCUUGCCUAUCCUCGGCCAUUUCUCCUUUAGACUUUGAAACCAUAUCUGAUAGGAUGCUGCCCGAAGCAGAGGAAAGACCACGGGUGCCACUGGGAAGGAUGGACAGUGCAGCGGAAGGUGAGGCAAGACUUAAGGCGGAAAGGAUGUCACUGCACUUUCAAGAGAUUGAAGAAGCCGACGCGCAGAAACAAGAGGCAGUUGAGUUAGAUACUCGAGUGCCAGCAACUUGCCAACGUUGGGCAGACAGGUGCUUGAAAACCCAGACGGCUCACAUUUUCUUCGGCCUUGUCGUCGUGUCGAACUCCUUCUACUUGGGUGUGCAGCUGGAAUUCUACGCCAACACCAAAGACUAUUCCUCGUUGUCAGAUGUUUUCAUGAGCUUGCACAUCGUUUAUGCUGUGCUCUUCACAUUUGAGGUUUGCUUGCACUUGGCAGCUGAGGGUGUGAUAAACUACUUUUGGUGUGAAGACUGGGCCUGGAAUUGGUUGGAUACUUUCGUAGAGACACCACUGGGAGGGCCAACAGCAACUUACGAGCUCUGCGACUUCUGCGCGUUGGACGCCUCUUCAGGGUUGUUCUUGAUCAUCUAUAUCUUCGGCAUACUUUUUACUGAUACAGUUGUGAACCACCUCAUUGAGCAAGAGUCCGUGCGCGAGACGUUGACCGAAAAGGAGUUGACCAACUUGGUGUCAUUGGACGACUAUUUUGGAAGCUUGUAUCGAUCCACCAUUACCUUGUUCCAGACUAUCUCUGACGGUGUAACUUGGGACGAGCCGGCGGAUGCAUUGACAUCUAUUGGAGAUGUGGGCUACUUCUGGGUCCAGUUGUAUCACUUUUACAUUGCUUUCUGCAGUUUUGCCGUCUUGAACGUGAUGACAGGCGUCUUUUGCAACUCUGCCAUUAAAGCUGCUGAAAGUGAUCACGAGAUGGUGGUUCAGUCUUUGGUGCAAACCCGCCAAGAAUUGAAAGACCAAGUGUCGGUGCUCUUCCACCAGAUUGAUGAGCGGGGACACGGUCAGAUUUCUUUUACAGACUUUGAGAAACUCUUUGGGGACGAAGGGGUGAAGGCCUUCUUCGAGUCUCUGCAAAUCGGUGCCGUGGAUGCCUGGACUCUCUUUACCACUCUGGACAAGGAUGGGGACCACACCAUCAGCGUCGAAGAAUUUACGGAGCGAUGUAUGCAGCUCCAUGGCCCGGCCAAAUCUGCAGACCUCUACGCAAUCCGGCAGCUCACAGCCAACCUCAGCAAGCAGCUUCAGCAGAUAGAAGAUCGGCAGAAGAGGAUUGAUUUUCUCUUAUCCGGCCGGGAGGAGUUCAACAUAUUUUGGCACGUGAGUGCUUUUGAGGAAAGCAGCCGCAGGAAUCCAAAGCAUCUGGAGCAUCAGACUCAGCUUCGCACGCUUUAA